AUGGAUAUAUUGAAAUUUCUUCCAAUAAUUAUUUACGCCAGCAAUAAUGCAUUAGAGAUGGAAAAAUUAAAUAUGUCAUGUUACAUAGUGCUGAAAACUGUGAAGAAUCUUCAUGAUAAGAUCAGAGAUUGGGGUAAUUCACUUACCAAAUAUCAAGCUCCCAAUUCUUCUCUCAAAAGUAUAUCAUCCAUGAAACAAAGAUUAAAAAAGCCAAAGCUUCAAAGAGUAUACUCCAAAGUACC